AGCUUCACAUUUCGUCUGCAGAGGUAGAUAAGGAUCGAGAAACAGUCCGAUUACUCGCUACUCCAUUAUAAACUACUCACAGACUUGUAUGAUUAUCUGUGAUGCAUUCGGAACUUGCAAUUUAAAUUAUUAUUUUUAUAUCAUACACUGAUAACUAUUUUUUCUCGAUUUAAAAAUGAGGGGUUUGUAGUGCAGACGAGAAACCUUUGGUCUCGUGCACCAUGGCAUAUUGUGACGUCAUAGAUUCACAGGUACCCGUCAGCGUACGCUGCGAAGAUGGCACAGCCGCUGAGUAACGAAGAUGCUGCUUCGGCAUGUUCUCCUCCAGCACCAGAGACGAAAGGAUUCUUCAUGCAGCAGACGAUGCUAAGGAUAAAAGACCCUGUGAGAUCUUUAGAUUUCUACACAAGAGUAAUGGGAAUGACGCUACUGAAGAAGUUUGAUUUCCCUGGCAUGGACUUUUCGCUCUACUUUGUGGCUUAUGUUGAUCCAGCUUUAGUCCCAAAGGAUGACAAAGAAGCUACAAAGUUCUGCUUCUCAACACCUGCAACUUUGGAACUUACACAUAACUGGGGAACUGAGAAGCAGGAGGGAGAACCUUAUCAUAAUGGUAAUACAGACCCAAGAGGUUAUGGUCAUAUUGGUAUUGUAGUCCCAGAUGUUUACAAAGCCUGUGAGCGAUUUGAAUUCCUUGGUGUUCCUUUCAUUAAGACUCCUGAUGGAGGUAAAAUGAAAGGCCUUGCCUUUAUUAAGGACCCAGAUGGAUAUUGGAUUGAAAUUCUCAAUCCUUUGAACAUGGUGAAGACGACGAGUGUUUAGGUGCUGUUUUUCCUCAGCUGAAACGGUAUUUUCAAAGUACAAUGACCAUUUGCAGUAAAUAUGACUUGCUUGGUUUUAAUCUUGGAGAACAGCGAUAGUUAUUCGUAAGCAAUCACAUCGAAGGUGGUGAGAGCACCAGCAUCCAAAGCCAUAGCCACAGACACACACACACUAGGCUGCUUGAUACCUGUGGCACAUUGUACUUCUUUCAAUUUAACCUGCUGUGAAAUAGGUACCUAAAUUUAUGAAGGGUCAGAAAAGAAUGACAGCAAGAGGGGGGAGAAAGUCCCCUCCCUCACAGAAAAGUGUAGGCUCUAACAGGACAUUUUAGAAGACAAUCAUAAAAAAUAUAUGAAGUCUCUGAAUUUAGGUGCAGCUGCAUUCUACUGUUUAUGAUAUUUUUGUAUUUAUCAAGAUGCUUAUAUACAGAUUAUUUUCUUUGAUUCAUAGGAUUUUUAUGUAUAAUUCACAAUUUUUGUCAUUCAGGACAUGCAUAUAUUUUAAGUUGAUCUUUAUCUACAAUGAACAGCUUCUAUCACUUAAUGUCCAUAACAUGAUGAUGUAUAAAUAAAAAAACUUAUGAAAUUUUUUUUUUUGGUGGGGUUAGAAUGAAUUUAAAAUGUGAAAUAAUAAAACAUUUACAUUUCUGACCAUGUUUUACUUUGCAUAUUAUUGCUGUGACUGAUAAGCCUGCAUGUCCCCAUUUAUUCCCCGUGAUACAUGCUACUUAACCCAUUUAUACUGGAGGUUGACAUUUUUGAAUUUGUGCAUGAAAUUUAUGUGACCUACAGAUAUUAAAGAAACAAGAAUUUGAAGAGGAAAAAAA